UCAAACAUUUGCAUAUCAACGUCUAUAAAACGGGACGGGGGUGGCUAAACCCAAGUCGGGGAAAAAGAAAGAAAUCCUUUUUCUUCUUGGGCCCCUACGUGCUGUGACGUCGCGCUCGUGACGUCACCGUCUUCGGUGCGAGUGACAGACGAGCGGACAGCAAAAAAGCAAGGAGGAGAGCGACAAGGAGAACGGGACAUCGAUCCGAUUUGCCUAACGAUGGCGUGCGAGUCGUUUGAGGCCAACAUUUUCAACAAAAGCAAAUGUCAAAACUGCUUCAAGUCCCGCGAGUUGCACGUGCCCGCGCACCCACGAAUGGAGAAUGCCAAGGCGCUGUACGCCGGCUGGCUGUGUUUGGCGCCCGAAGGAACGGACUUUGAGAAGACCCCGCCCAGAUCGAGGGUAAGCGGCGGUGGCUCUUUACGGCCGCGAGCCGAAGAUCUGACGACAGUUUGUCCGUCCGGCCGUCUCCCCCCGCAGAGGUGGCAGCGUCGCUUCUUUGUACUGUACGAGCACGGAGUGGUGACCUUCGCGCUGGACGAUCUGCCGAGCACUCUGCCUCAGGGUACGUUGGACAUGAAGGCGUGCACCGCCAUCUUGGACGCGGAGGCGCGAACCGGUCAGAAGAACACCCUGUGCAUCGUCACAACGCUAAGGGAAGUCUACAUACGGGCCGACAGUAAGGACACCAUCAACGGGUGGGGUGAUCGGCUGGUGGUCUUUGUGCAGGCCAAUGCCACAGACGUCAACGAGAAACACAAAGCGGACGCCGCCGUCCCGCAGGAACCUUCGCCCGCCAAGAUGGCCGCCCCCGGCGAAGAGCCGCAGCUCCGGAAGAUCCUCGGCCGGGACGUGACGGAAAUGGACCCCCGACGCGACUUUGCGACAGACCGCGACGCUUGGGACAUCGGCGACGCCCGCCGAUCUUUCGAUUCGGGCCGCGAGCCGAUCGAACGGGAGAGCCGGUCGGCCCAAACGCACGCCGACGUGCGCGCGGGCUGCGACGCAGUGGGGGGCAAGCGCUCCGUGAACCCCGGGACGGAACGGCGCCUGAGGAUGUGUUUGCCCAGAGGGGACGGGAGUGACGGUCGCCCCGCCGAGACGGAGCCAGAUUUGUUCAAGCACAAAAAAGGUUGGCUGGUGAAGCUGGACGAGGACACUCAGUGGAGAAAGUACUGGUUUGUCUUGUCUGCCGACCGCCUGACAUUCUACAGGGACAUCGCGGCCGAGGAGGCUUCGGAGCAGGAAGGCCAAGUGGACUUGAGCGAGUGCUCCGAAGUAUCGGAGCGGCAGGUCCACAAAAACUACGGCCUUCAGAUCCGCACUCCCGAGGGCGUGUGCACGCUGUCGGCCGCGACGCCGGGAAUACGGAGGAACUGGAUCCGAGCUCUGGUGAGCUACGUGCGCGCGGCUCCCGAUGUCACCGGCUUAUCAGGCGCGGAGACGGUGGCGGUCCCCGGCGGCCCUCUGACCGAAGCGGACGCGACUCGGGACGGACGUUCCAAGCCCCGGAGCGUUCUGGAGCGAAGGCGGGAAGGUCGCUACAAGACCUUCGACUGGGCAGACUUUCGGCCUCCCGCGGUCCCCGCGCCGGCGGCGGACGCGGCUCGCUCUCCCGCCCCGCCGCCGGCUCUGUGUAGCGAGCUGGACAAGAAGAGGAGGAGGGAGGCCAGGAGGAGGCGCUACGAGAGCAUCCUGGGCUUGUCUCCCGGCAGAGAGGUGAUGGGCGACGCGGCGGCGGCCGCCAGUCUCAAGCACCAAAUGGAAGCCUGCUGGAAGCAGGUAGAGAGGAAGAGCUCCUUAAAGAACGCCAGGAUCCUCCGCAUCGAUGACCGCGACAAGGCCGACUCCGCGCACGACUGCGAGAAGGCGCUGGAGGAUCUGAAACGUCAGCUGGAAUUGUCAGAGCGCUGCCGACAGGAAUUGGAGGCUCGUUUGAGGGUCUGGACUUCUUCUGGAGCCGCGGCAACGUUGGAAUGUUUGGAAAAAUCCGGAGAUGAGCUCGACGCUCCGGGUCACGCCACGGCGGACCCUAUCGCGGGAAAGGCCAUUCCGGAGCGCCACGACAAGGAUUUAUGCAAGAGUACGGCUUCCGCGUCGUCGGACGACCAGAACCUCCGGACCGACGGCCGACCUCGAAAGCAAAUUGAGGACGGCGACGCGAGAGAGCGCCCCGGAACGGACGCGCCGCCCCGUCCGGACUCGGAAGGGGACCGGAAGCUCGCUCGGGAAGCGCGGUUCCCGGUCGGCCGGAAGGAAGACGGGCCGAGCGAGGCCGAGCGCCGGAUCCCGCGUCUCAAAGAAGAGCUCCCCGGAAAGGCGGCGCUUCCGGAGAAAGAGCGGCGGCUCCCGGAGGUUCUCCCGGAGAACGGCGAGGCGGCCGACGCGGGGAACGGCGAGCGCUCCCUUCUCCGCCGCUUCCGAGCCACUGAAGCCAAGAUGACGGAGAUGGAGAGGAAGCUCCGCGCCUUGGAGCUGAGCUGCGACCGUCUCCGGGCGGAGAACAGAGCCUUGAAGGAAGCCGGGACGCUCGGCGGUCAAAACGCCCCGCAGAACCGAGCCCUCGGGCCCGCGGACCAAAGAACGCAACGUCUUCUAGAGUGGACCUUGCUCAGGUGGAAGGUUCUGGACAGGUUCCUGGAAGUCGCGGACAGACCGGAUGUGGGAAAGGCAAAGACGGAGAACCGGGAGGACGCUUCCCGCCAACUGAAGCCGGAGGAGCUUUGGAGCGGGCUGUCGGACGGCGCCGACGCUUCCCGUCUACGAGAACAAAAGCGAGAACUUCCGGACGACGCGGCGCCGCGUACGAUUCCGGAAACUCAAAUGACCGCGUUCGGUCGGAAAAUUCCGGCGGAAGACGAGAGCCCCGCCGGUUUAGAUGGGAAACGCGUUCCGGACGUUCCGGGAAGCGUCGGCGGGGCGUCCGACGAUCCCGAAACCGGGAGAGCGCCGGAUUCGGGCGGCGUGGAAUUCUUGGGGACGAUGGUCCAGAUCAUCUCGUCCUGGAUGGACGCCACGUCCUCUGGCGUGCGGGAGAAAGCGGGAAUGACGGCGGAGCGUUUGCGGGCCACCUUCAUUUUCUCCACCGAGGCGGCUUUCUGCUGUCACGUGACCAGCAAAUGCGACCGCCUGCUGGAAGAAAAUGCCCAACUACGACAGCGGCUCUCCCUGCAGGAGACGCGAGCGGUCGACGGCCGGACGGAGUGGGAAGAUGCAGGAGAAGGAGAGGAGACCGCGUCUACGCUGAUGGGCCGCGUGAGGGAUCUGGAGGAGCGGCUGGCCGCCGCCGGACAAAGUCUCGCCUCCGAUCGGAUCCGACAUGACCGGGAGAUGCAAAAGAUGAAGGCGGAGUGCGAGCGCAGCCUGGUCGCCAUGGAGGACUGUCACGCGGCGGCGGUGGAAGAGCUGCAGCGGCGACACCUCCGGGAAGCGGAGAGCCUCCUAGCCCAAAGAGACCAGAUGCUGAAAGAGGAGGCCGUCGCCACGGCGAUCGCCAUGGAGGCCGUUGAGCGCGCUCACCGCGUGGAGCUGGACAGGGAAGUGCAGAGGCGAUGCCAAACCCUAAAUGUGACAGGAAACGCCCUGAUGGAGGAAGUCUACAAACAACACAGUGAGGAGCUGGCGGGGUGUCAGCGGGAGCUGGCGGAUCUUUCCUAUCGCUUUACACUCAAGUGCGUGGAGAUGGCCCAAGUGACUGAAGAACUGGACGCCCAGAGGGAAACGCUUAGUCGACAGCAGAAAGAGAACCAGGACCUAAUGGAGCAAAAUCAGGAGCUGAGCGCUCAGCUGGCGGCCGAGGUCAGGCGGCUGGACCAACUCCCCGCGGACGGGCACGCCGCCGGUCUUUAUAAGAUGGAGUUGUUGCUGCGCGUGAAGGAAAGCCAGCUCCGGAGCGCCAGGCGACAGUCGGCCGCUCUGCGGCAGCAGCUGCGAGAGGCUCAAAGUCGGCCGGGAUGACGAUCGACGGAAAUGCCCCGCCCUUUAAAAAUCACGGCGGCAUUUUGUACGUUUUCAAAGUGUUCUCGUAAAUAUUUCAGCUUUUUGGGUUAAAAAAAAAAAAAGACGUCUUUAUAUGUAUCCAACUGUUUAUUAUGUAUUUGUGUGUCACUCAUAAUAAAGCCUAAAAGAGAGCAUUUUGUUGUGGGGUUUACAUUCCAUUCAAAUAAAAAGAUGAAACAAAAGCCCCGCCAUUUGGAAAAUUUGAAAGCGUGUUUUACAAA